AUGUUUUCUCUUCCAACUGAAGUUCGACUUGAUAUAUUAAAAUGCCUUAAUUUCAACCAAUUAUUUUCUCUAAGACAAACCAAUUCUUACUUUUACAAUUUAAUUAAUAAACUUGAAGAACAAUUGGCAAAGAAGAGAUUCAAACAACUUGUAAAUAAAAAACUUAGUGCUAAAGUCUUUCCAAACACUAAAUCCAUUAAACAAUCUGGAAUAUUUAAAUUUACGUUAAAUGAUCAACUUAAGAAGAAGUGGAAAGCAGCAUUAGCUAAAUCAAUUCCGUUGUAUUUAGAUCAUUCAACAUUUCAGAGGCCAAUUGUUGUCAGACUUGAAAAAGACGAGGAUGAAGAGCAUCGUCUCUUGUGUUUGCCAAACUUUCCAAAAAAUAUCAAAGAUCUUGUUGAACUUCGUUGUUGGUUUACACAUAUAUUUGGAUGUGCUUUUAAAUAUCCUUAUGCUGGUCCUAGAUUUAAUCCAGAACUGAUUAAGUUAUUAUUUGAUGAUGACAAAACAAUUCCUCAUCAAUUUCUUAAUCAAUGA